CUAUGAAAAAUUCGAUUUGUAUGGGAGGUUCCACACCCGCUUUAGAUAUCCGUUUUGUUUUAGCCUAUAACCAUUCUUGGAAAAUUUGUGUCCAAACUUUCAACCAAAAAAGAACAUUAGACUUCAUUCUCUCAACUUCUCAGAAUGUAGAAAAGCUAAGAAAUAUAUAAUAAGAUAGCAUAUAUUAAAACAGCCUCCACAAUAUUUGCCAAAAGACGCCCCUGAACUACACAAAUCAGUUUGAUUGAAAAUUUGUUUUUAUCUAUUUAUUUUAUACUUCACUUUUGGGUGUGUCAAAAUUUCAUGUGAAAACAAUAUGUGUUGCUGGAGAAAUUUCACGGCCCAUGGGUCCCAAAGUAAAUUCCAUUUGCUGUUAAAUGGAAAAAGACAAUCAGGUAGGUUCUGAAAUCCGAGUGAAAGUGAAUUUGGAAAUGAAUCCAAAUCCGAGUGAAUUUAAUUUUGGUGUUCUGGAAAACGAAAUAUUUGUUCAUUUUCGCACUCGGAUUGCAUUCACCCUAAUAAUGAACUUUACAUCUGACAUCUGCCAAUUUGACACAAUCUAACAAACUUUUAGCAAGCAAAGUUGUCAAUUAAACACAAAUAAAUAACAAAGAUUUAAAUGAAAAACGAAAAAUGAGUGCUUUAAUUGCGUUUGCUACCAUAUUUAUGGAAACUGAGGAGCAUGCAGAAGAAGCCCUUAAUAGAAGAAUACUGCGGAAUCAUUCCAAUCCAUUAGAGGUUCCUGAAUCGGUUUUCGUGUCCAACUACAGAGUCAACAAAGAUGCCUUUAUUAUGCUGUUGAACGUUGUUGACCCUCACAUAAAAGGCACAUCCAUUCCAACGCAACUGCAACUGGCAGCUACUUUGAGAUUCUUAGCUGAAGGCGGUUUUCAGAAAGCAGUGGGAAAAGAUAGCUACAUUGCAAUGGGGCGAAGUACGGUGGCUAAAGUAACAAAACGACUGCUCAAAAUUUUAGAAAGGUAUUUCUGUCCACAUUGGAUUAAAUUAAAUAUGACGGAAAAUGAGCUGGCUAAAUCGAAACAACAUUUCCAGCAAAAAUUUGUCAUUCCGGACGUUAUUGGAUGUAUAGACGGAACGCAUAUACAAAUAACAAAGCCACAUAAAGAUCACAGUCUUUUUUAUAACCGAAAAGGUUAUUUUAGUAUCAAUGCAAUGAUCGUAAGUGUUGUAACUUUUGAAGAAAAUGAUUCUCUAUGUAUUUGAGCUA